AUGAACGUUUGUUUAACAAAGACCUUAUUCGCCGGCCCUCGAACGUCUACAGUGGGCAAACCCAGCGGCGUAAGGACUGCUCAACAAUCGCCGUACGCCACCACGGGUGCUCCCACCCAGCAAAACAAGAACUCCGUCUUAGACAAAUUCAAGCUCUUCAACAACAAAGAGAAGAAUCAAGAUCGCGGUAAAGCUUCGUCCGGCGUGUCGAAACGUACAUCCAGUUCUUCCGGCUUUUCCUCGGCGAGAUCGGAACACUCCGAUAGCUCGACGUCGCUGUGCGAUCAGAGCAAAUUGCAAGUGGAGUCGCCCAAGAGUCGCGCGCUGAAAUCGAAGCUGCAAUCGACCAAGCCGGCGAAACAAGCGAGCCCGAAGACGGUGAGGAAAGAGCAGAGCAAAGCUCAAAGUAAAAUAGCGCGGACAAAGGGUGCACCUGAUAAAUUGGUCGGCUAUAAUCCGCCCUUGGAAGAUGUCAAGCCGAUCAGUAAAAUCGGUGGCGUGGCGGCCAAACCGGCCGUGGACAAAAAGUCCUCGAAUCUCCACGAUCUGCUGAAGCAACAGCCUAGCAGUCAACUGCAGAAACCGAAUCCUUCCGUGUUGAUGCCUCCUAAGCAAAUCGCUCCGCAAGACGCGAAGAACUUUGGCAGCUUGAAGAACGACUCGUCGAAACAGUCGCCCAGACCCAAAAUGGAGCUGCCAGCCAAGAUACCCGACACGAAAGUUCAUCUGCAAAAUAUGAAGGUUCCGCCGAACGGAUUGAACAAGGACGUUCUAGCGCAGAAGGUAUUAUUGAGCAAUACGAAUGGAAUGAUCAAGCAGACUGAGCACGAAGAAAUCGUCAUCAUCAACGAGAAUAGUUCUACGAUCGAUCACACGUUGUCUAUGAACCAAGCGAAUUUGUGCGACCAAAAGUCGACGGUCGAGAAGCAAAAGGAGAUCGGUGAGAACGUAUUGACGAAUAAUCAAGCGGCACCCGUGGAAAAUAGCAGUCCGUCGAAGCAACAAAAUACGAGCCUGCCCGUGAAAGCUCGAAUUCCAAACGAAGUACACGAGACAGAAAGGAUAAAUGGAAAGCAAACGCCGCCCGUUUCUCCUCGCAACAGCCCGGAAGCACCGAUGGAUGUAAAAAUGGCAAGCAUUCAAGAGAACCCGGCAGCUGCUGCAACGACUCACGUUAACGUUCCUCCUCACGGGCAAGUUUCGAACGCGCUAAAUUUUGGAGCGAAUAAGCAGCCACCGGUUCUUAAUAGUCCACUGCAAGGUUCAACCUUGGGCGCUUCCGGGAGCCCAGGUUCCAGCAUUCCAAAGCCCACGGCCUUGGUGAAAGGCACUUCGAAACCACCGAAGGAAAACAACAUGCCAGGCGCACCGACGCCCACAAAAUUAAAGGCAGACGCUUUGCAUCGUAAGCUCGAUCCGAACACGGUUGCAAUGGUGUCACCAAUGCCAAGUAUCUCCGAUCUGAUGUCCGAGAGCUCUCAUAGUAAUUCUAAUAGUACUGGUCAGAGUAAUUCCAGCGACAGCAGCGUUAUUUAUAGGCCCAGCAGCGAAAGCGGCAGCGAAAUCAAAACCAUACCUAACAGGAAAAUUGACACAACCUUCGAACAAAUGGAGAAGGUUUUGUCAGAAAGUUCAACGUGCGGUGGAGGUUCUAUGGGUGAUGACGAAGCGGAGAUGACAGUGAAGCCUAUGCAGCCUCUACUUCGCGGUUACACGCCGGGUGCAAGGGCCCUUCAGACCUUACCAAGCAGAACAACAGCGCGACAGUACACGAUUCUUCAUUCUUCUUCUCAUCAUCAUGUCGGUCACGAUUACGCGGACAUCGACGUCGCCUCCGGUUAUCUGAGCGACGGGGAGGUUCUUCGAGGUGGCAUGACCGUUGGUAGUAGAACUAUAUCCGACUUGUGCGAUGGUUACAUGUCCGAGGGCGGUGCUUCGUUGUACGCACGCAGAAUCAAUCCGUCUUACGGCCACGAUCACGAGAGAUACGUGGGUGGUUCGAGGCGAGAAUUGUCAGGGGUGAAAGAACUGGUGACCUCGAGAAGGGUGCAGAAGAGACCCUCGGCAAACGUUGUAAGGUCGGAUGGAGGUUGCAUCGGGAGCAGUCCAGGAAGUGGCGGCGUCAUCGCAGGCGGCUUGCUAGGCGGUUGCAGCGGUGGCAACGACGCCUUAGCGGAGUUAACCAUCGAGGACCUGGCAUCUAUUCCCGCCGGAAAUCACACCUCCGCCAAUCACACAGGCCAUUCCUCUCAUCACAAGGUCAGCGAACUUAGCUAAAUCGAUAUUUCGUCGGUGGUAUUUAU